AUGGAAUGCGCCAGCACAUAUACCACACUGCCGUGUUCCACCUCGGAAAAGUUACCAGCUCCAGCCCGUCACAAUAAUAUCCGCUUAGACAACGAAAUGGUAAAUCUCAUUUUGAUCCCAGAUUUGGUAUCUCGAUACCACUGAUGCUGCGGGGCCAGACCGGGCAACAGGUUCAGCAGUCCAAUCAAAACACAAACAUUGA